GCCGCCAACGGCUCCAUUGCAGACGGCAUUGAGAACGGCAAGGCCUUGCUGUCGCUCCGACAACGGCUCACCUUUGCGGACCGUGUGCGUAGCGCCCGGGAUGCCAUGGCGUAUGCCGCGUCUUUGGGGGUGACCACCCUCGUAAGCCCGCUUGCCUGUGAUUUAGCAGUCACCAUAGGUACCUCAAACUGACACAUCCAUCAGCUCGAUCAGGGUGCAUUCCCCGCCACCAAUACCCCUGCCGACGGCUCAGGAAACGAAGAUCUUCUCUCCAUGCACUUGCCCUUCCUUUCCCUCUAUAACUCCCUGUCUCAGCAUCCGCAAAAAGACCACUCAGACCCUUCACCUCCACCCCCCCUGAUCCGCCUCCGCAUCAACUUCCUCCACUUCGACGCCGACACAUCCCUACCGACUCUCACCAACCGCCUCCAGUACAGCUACCCCUUCUUCGGCAACGCCAUGGUGCGCACCGGCGGCAUCGGCGAGUUCGCCGUCUCCAUCAACAACUACGCAGGAGGCGCGCUAUUCGAGGCCGCAGCCGCGGCGAUCGCGCGCGCCGGCUGGCGGCUGGAAGUGCACUCCCUCACGGCCAGCGACUUCCGCGGCCAGAUCGAGGGGUUCGAAGCGGUGCACGCCGCGCUGCCCGCCCCCGGGGGCAUCCGCGACCUGCGCUGGGUCGUCGCGCACGUGGCCCACAUCACGGCAUCCUACCUGCGCAGGCUCACGGCGCUGGGGGGCGGCGUGAACGUGUCCGGGUGGAUGUACCUGGCCGACGCCGGGAACGGGAACGGGAACGGGAACGGGAACGCGAGCACCCCCCCGGCGGCGGCGGGGCCGCCGUUCAGGCGCAUCGUCGCGAGCGGGAUCCCGGCUGGGUUCGGGGUGGACGGCGCGAAUAUUGCGCCGCUGAGCCCGUGGCCGCAUGCGUACUACGCCACGACGGGACGGAAUGCGAGGGGGAAGAUGGUCAAUGAGGGGCAAACGAUUGGCCGGCGGAAGGUGCUGGACAUGUUUACGAGGGACAAUACCUGGUUUCUGGGAGGGCCUGACGAGAAACUGCUGGGUGUUCUGGAGGUGGGGAGGCUUGGUGACGUCGCUGUGCUGAGCGACGACUACUUUUCGGUUCCUGAUGACGAGUUGAAGAGGCUCAGGAGCGUCCUCACGGUUGUGGGCGGAGUGGUGAUUCAUAAUUCCGGGGAGCUAGGGAGAUAGGGUGAUAUUAUUAAUCCUGCACCAACAUCAAUGCAAGAACGAGAGUAGACCUAUCCAAGAAUUCGGUGUAGAUAAAAGUAAAAGUUCCGGGCCCAAGCCCCUGAACUCCCAAGUACCUGAACCACAGUCCCUUUUCCACCGUAGAGAUCACUUAAAGCCGUGCCCCGAGUCAAUGUGGGGGUGGGUGUGGGGAGGACUGCACCGUAGAAUCACCAACUCUCCUGAGAAAAUGUAGUGGGAGAUAUUUAGUUUCUUCAAUUGGGGGCUUGUCUGUUAGCAAGAUGA